AACCAAUACUAAGAAUAGUCUGCUUAGCUUAAUUUGAUUAUCUCUAGUUACAUAUCAUUAAGAAACAAUGUCUACUGAAACUGCUUUAUCCUACGCCGCUUUGAUCUUGGCCGAUGCCGAAGUUGAAAUCACUUCUGAAAAGUUAUUAGCUUUAACCCAAAAGGCUAACGUUGAAGUUGAAGGUAUCUGGGCUGAUUUAUUCGCCAAGGCUCUCGAUGGUAAGGACUUGAAGGAUUUCUUCUUCAACUUCUCCUCUGCCCCAGCUGCUGCUGCCCCAGGUGCUGCCGGUGCUGCUGCUGGUGGUGCUGCUGAAGAAGCUGCUGCUGAAGAAAAGGAAGAAGAAGCCAAGGAAGAAUCUGACGAUGAUAUGGGUUUCGGUUUAUUCGAUUAAACGCAUAACCUGGUUAUCUAGUUAUAUUACUUGUAAUAUUAGUUUAAGAUUGGGCUUAUUUUGGCUGUUGAAAAUGGUUAUUAGUCUAAAUGUUAUAUUAAUUUAAAAAGGUUUAUGGAUUUCGAAUAUAC